AUGGCUGACCCCCGCAUCCCCUCAACGGACCUCUCUCCCUCCGACUCGGCGCCCAUCGACUCGCUGCUGCAACAAGCGCCGAAUGCGACCUACCACAUCGUCGAGCGAGUAAAGGGAGAGACGCCGAUCGAAGUCUGCCGUGUAGGCGGCGAGGGUGCGCGAGGGCGGGAGUGCAUACAGGUGGCGCAGGAGGUGACCAAGGUCUUUGCGCACCUCCAGAAGCGAGGGUACUUCUGCCAGCUGCCCUUCGACCCGACCCAUACGGAAAUCGAGUGCAUCCGAAUCAACAAGAUCGUCCAGCGGCAAUCAUGA